AUGGAUCGUCGUGGGGUGAAUCUGAGACCUGAUGAAGUAGAAAGUGCGUUAGAAGAAUUAUUUGGUUUCAGUGAUGGAGCGAGAUCUGAAGAUGAAGCGGAGGAUUCCGAUAUGGAAGAUUUAUCUGGUAUGUUGUCGUCAAAUAACUAUGACCCAAUCAACACUACGAUCUUCCCAGAACUAAGCCCUCGACCAACAUCAUCACCUCAACCAGGGCCCUCAAAUGAAAAUGUUAUGCAGCCACCCCCACCAAGAAGUUCACGACACAGUCCUUCACAUAUAGAACUUGAACUUCAAGAAGAUUUUGAUCCAUCAGAAAUUGAGAAUUCAGACGGAUCUGAUGCAGAUGAAGACGAAUGGAAAAAAGUGGCCUGGUCACAGAAUCCCGUAGUUUCUCUUUUUGAUUCUAUUCAAUUACAACCAGUUCGGAACAUAGCCAAUAGGACUAGGCCACUCGUAUUUUUUGAAAUGUUUUUUGACUCUGAAGCUAUCGAUAUGAUUGUAACCCAAUCUAACCUAUAUGCAUCACAAUGCAAUGACCAAAAUUGGGAACAGACACGUAACCACACCGUAUUGUUUCAAAAGGAAUUUAGGCUGACAUUGUCUCGAGAAUUAGUAGCAAACGCAACAUUCCAAAAGAGACCCUUUGCCACCAUGCCAAAGUUCGCGUCCAAAAAAAGUAAGUCUGUACAAUCGGAAGAAAGUGAAUCAAGGCAAAAGAAACUAUUUGGAGUGCCUCGAGAAAUUCGUUUUUCUGAGCUUGGAGCUCAUUGGCCUGUAGAAUUACCCACCUAUAGAAGGUGUCGCUUGUGUAGUAGUGCACACAAUAAUCAACGAUCCAGGAUACAAUGUGAUAGGUGUCAAGUGCCAUUGUGUGCAGUGCCUUGCUUCAAAAAUUACCAUCAAACGGAUACA